GUUUAAUCAGUAUUGGUGGAGCUACCUUAAGAUGAUGAAAAGAUCGUUGGGGAUUUUCUUUCUGCUCCUCAUUGUCUUAGCCUCCGAAUGGGCGGUGCAGCCGGCGGAGGGGAGGAGGGUUUGCCAGUCACAGAGCCAUAAGUUCAAGGGAGCGUGUACGAGUAGCCACAACUGCGGCCUCGUCUGCAGGAACGAAGGCUUUUCCGGCGGCAAAUGUCGAGGCUUCCGCCGCCGGUGCUUCUGCACUAAGCUUUGCUAGCUGAUAUGGAAAGGAAGGGAUGUUUUAAUUUUGGGUUUUUCAU